UAUAUCACUUUGCAUGUCUCUGCAUGUCUCUGUAGGCCCAACUUUUUCCCGCACAGUAUCAUAUCAAAAUGGCAAACUCGAAAUACGAGUAUGUCAAGUCAUUCGAGCAACCCGAUGUGUUACUCCCCAAUACAUGGAUCGUAAUCCGCAUCGACGGUCGAGGAUUCCACAAACUCUCCGACCGCUACGGCUUUGUCAAGCCCAACGACCGUCGGGCUCUCGACCUGAUGAACGCCGCCGCCGUGGAGGUCAUGAAGGAACUCCCUGACCUCUGUCUAGCGUACGGGGUCAGCGACGAGUACAGUUUCGCCUUCCACCCGAGCUGUCAGCUAUUUGAGCGGCGGAGCGCCAAACUGGUCACAACCAUCGUUUCGACCUUCACCGCAUACUACAUCUAUCUCUGGGGCACGUAUUUCCCCUCCACGCCGCUGCAGCCUGCGGCGUUGCCUUCGUUCGAUGGGCGGGCGGUUAUGUAUCCCACCGCGAGGAUUCUGAGGGAUUAUAUGAGCUGGAGACAGGUGGAUUGUCAUAUCAAUAAUCUGUACAAUACGACAUUCUGGACGAUGGUCUUGCAGGGUGGGAUGAGUAAUACGGAUGCAGAGCAGGAGCUGAAGGGUACGGUGUCGGCGGACAAGAACGAAAUUCUGUUUAAGCGGUUCGGCAUCAAUUACAAUAAUGAGGAGGAGAUUUACAAGAAGGGUAGUGUGGUUUAUCGUCAGUUUCAACUCGAGGACGCAACGUCGAUGGCGGAGGCAACCGCAGCAGACGAGGAGGAUGGACCGGCUGCUCCGGCCUCCCGGUCGCAGCAGGACAAGAUCCGCAAACUGCGUCGAAAGGCGCAGGUGGUGGUCGACCAUGUCGAUCUCAUCAAGGAUGAAUUCUGGGCGCGUCGGCCGUGGAUUCUGUCGGGCAAGCCGGGGAAACUGCCUACGGGGGCGCAAUAGUCCCUAGAAUCAGAAACGAUGCAUUUGAUGUAUGAUGCGCA